ACUGCGCUCCUAUUAAGAUGGCUUUCCCCAUUUGUAAACAAUAAUAUGAAACUUCGUAAUUUAUGAUUCAUGAAAGAAUCGCUACAAACUACUAACAAAAUAUUUUUCUUAAGUAUUUUUAUGUAUCCCAAGACAUAUUUUGUUAUUGGGUACCUGCUAUUUUAUCUAAUUUUUGUUUUAUUUUAUUAAUUUUAAGAGUUCUACAUUCCAUUUACUGGUAAAAAUCGAUUUUUUUUACAUCGUUUGCAUUGGUAACUUUUAAUAUUUUUUAAUGAUAAUGAAGAGAAGUUUAUGAAGUCAAGUGGCUAUUCGCACUCGGCUACCAGUAGUGAGAGUUUGGGAUUAAAAAACGGCUAAUGUGAAGAGAUAGCACCCUGGUUCAGAUAGGGUCAAAACCCAGGUUAAGGAUAAGUUAGUUUAGGGUUCAGGUUAGGUUUUUUAGGGAUAUAGAUGAUUUAGGGUUCAGGCAGGUUAGGCUAGGUACUAGGUUUAAGUUUAGGGAUACAAUUAUUAGAACAUAACUUCGCGGGUUGCGGCAACCAAGGUAAAAAAAACGCGGUGCUAUCUCUUCACAUUUACCUAAAAAACUAUUUAAAAUAAAAAUUGUUGGGGUUGUGAGACAAAAUGAGGUAUCAAAUGAAAGAUACCCAGUAAUUGAAUGGACUAUAUGUUUGUAAACUUUCUUCUUCAGCUUAACUAGGUACUUGAAUAAAAAAUUUUAAAAAAUUGAAAUAGUUUUUUUAAUAACACAGUUAGAGCAAAUUUCAAAUAAUAAAAUGAAACCAGAAUCAACUCUUUAGCUUAAGUACUUUUUGAGCUAUGACUUUUUAAAGUGUAAGUUCGUUUGGUAUUUUUACUAUGGACGAAACCUCCACAUCUUGUGACCUCAUUCCGCUAAUCCCGUCAUGCGCAAUGACUAUAUACUUUAUAUAAGGCAAUGCAUCGCCUUAUCACUAAAAUACUGUUUAGGGUCGACUUAGUUUAAACUUUCAACUUUGGCACAUGUAUAAUUAAUUAAAGCUUUCUCUGACUAAUGGUAUAGUAGUUUUUGCACACGGCAAACUCUUAUGAAUGAAACUCUGAGGUAGUACUACGAUACAGCCAUUAUGCAAGUGGCUGUGAAUGGUUGCCAAUGACAACAUGUUGCACACCAUAAAUUCUGAUCUUUUAUUAUAUGGACUCUACCGGGUUGUUAAAGCUCAAAUUAAAACAUUCCAGUUUAAAUGUCUUCAAAAUGCAUUCUGAAACACAAGUUAUCCAAUAUUUUGAUGUAAAUAGUGGUAAUAAAUUAAUAUUUCCUAAGUAUCUUGCAACUUCCGCCAUUAAAAAGGGGGCAUGGCCCACCCUAUGGCAAAAUUAGGUUGAGCGAACUGCAUGACCUGCUGCGAACGCGUAGAAACAUGUCAUCUUCGUAAGACACAUAUCGCUGUGAAAAUUGGCAUACAUGUAGAUCAAUACAUUCCCCAGAUGCAAAAAAAAUUUGGUAGUGACAAAUCUUUUACUUCGACUUAAUUUUAAUGAUGAAAGUUGCCUUAUAUUUACCAAGGAUUUUCUCAAAGCUGACUGAUUGUAAAUGAAAAAGAAAUUGAUUAAAACGUAGGCCAAGAUGUCUACCUAAUUAUAACGCCGAAAACGGAACUCAAAUAUAUAUCGAAAGUGCUAAUUUAAUAAUAAAUACACACACACAUUGGAAAAUUAAAAACUCAGAUUUUUCUGCACCGAUUUCUAUUUCCAAUGCACAAAAAGUAGUAGUCUCCCUUGUUUCAUCGAAGUAUCUAAGUAUCUAAGCUUAACUAAAAUAAACAGCCACAAAUGACAUCCGAAUAGCAUUUAGUAAAAAUUGCCCGGACAGGCAGUGCCGCCAUUUGCACCCGGGUCCCAUGAGAUCAAUGCUAUAACCAUCCCACGGUUAUUGAAUUGCUAAAUCAUAAAAUAAAACAUUUCCCAAUCGGAUCCUUCAACCCCCGGACGUCUAUUCUAUGUCCUUACCCACUGUCAAAUAUUCCAUGGCAUAUUAAAACUCUUACCUCAUGUCAAAUACUUUCGUUGUAUGCCAGAAUAUUCUUGUUGUCUUGGAUGUCUUAUGAUACAUAUUUCACCUGGCCUUUCGCUCGACUCAGAAUCAACAAAAGGUCCAAUGAACUACACAGUACUUUAUUAUAGAAGAUAAUAAUCACAAUGAUUCAUAUACAUCACUAUACUGCUAUACAAUACAGAAAUCUUGCUUAGAAAAUAUCCACACACUUUCAAUAAUACAAUAUCAGAUCUCAGAUCAGUUAAUUCAUUUUGAGAGCAAUCCAAACUGGACCUCUCAACGCUAAGUAUCUCUCGCACUGUAAACCGUGAACCUAAGACUGCCCGCUAAAAAGAUUCCCUCCCCUUUUAUAACCCCAACAUUUGAUGCCCUCAUAACUCAAACUUGCACUCGCCCGUUAUAUGAAAAACGUUCACCCUGGCUCACUAGCCCCGUUUGUCACCAAUUUAAAACACACAAACUAAAUGGUUAUUUCGUGACCUUGACACCCACCUAUAUUAUUAGCAUCUAUCACAUUGAGACUUUUUCCAUUACUGAUAAUUAAUCUAACACUACCCAUGGUCUUCAUGAAUAAGCCACUUCCACCUGCAAACUAAAAACUCGUUAAUCAAAAACAUUUGUGAUACCCAUUCCCACACUGUCCACCUGGAGUCUCCCUUUUCCACAAGCUAUCAUGUCUUCCCUGUACUACCAUAAAAUCUGCCAAUGUCAGGUUAACAAUUCCCUGAUCUAUUGUAUUUUUGUGCAGUACCUACAUCCAUUAUUCUUCGUCUCCACCCUGGUCAUUUGUGACAUACCCCCACCCUACAGACCGCAUUAUAUGGACCUACAGUGUAUGGACAUCACGACGGGACCUUCAACGCUCGAGAGAGCCCGGUCCUUACACCCCAGUGUAAGCUGAUGCUUCUGAAUCUGACUUAAUGAUCUAUUAUUUUUACAUUACUUUAAUCGUACGAAUAUAUUGCCUUUGGUCUGAGACUGUCAAAAAAUCUGGCCACACCUCGGCUAAAUAGACCAAAACAACCCAAGCAUUUGAUUUACUUUGUAAAUACAUGUUUUAUAUUAAAAGUUCACUUUAAAACCACUGAAAAUAUAUGACAAAACAAUGGGAAACAAUGUAUACAUGUUACAGUGGCCACCGAAGUGUUUUAAUGUAGUUCCAUGAGGUAAAAAUUAUUUUUUUAUAUUAUUUCUGUUGACAUAAUAUGGGACCGCCGUUCUGAGGAGUGCAGUAAAUUCCACCACACCAAUCAUUCACAAAUAACAAAUUUGAAUUGAAGUCAGCCCCUAUUUUUACUUUAGUAUUUGAAUUUGCAGACGUGUCAUGGCAAUGAAGAGGGCGGCAUGUAAAAAGAAAAGUGUAAAAAACACACCUGCUUAAAAAUUAUAAACAUCAGUCUGCGUAAACAUCAACAAAUAACCUUGAAACAUAAACUUUACAACUCUACCUAACCUUGCACAUGCAAAGAUACCACGCCAUGCUUUUUUCAAUGGCCGCCAACUUGGUUGCCACGACCCAUGAAAGGUCACGGGUCGUAGCUACCAAGAUGGCGGCAGUGUAUAGAAAAACUCAUGUCUGCUAAAAUCUUAAAAAUUAUCCCUAAACCUAACCAGGACCCCAAAACUAUCACUUAACCUAACCUGAAAUCUAUCCCUUAACCUAACCUGAACCCUAAGUAUAUCCCUAACCCUAAAACUAAACCUAUACCUUAAGCCUUAAAGCAGGCCUGCACAACAUACGGCCCGCGGGCCGCUUGCCAGCACCGACUUUGCGUCCCGCAAAGUAAAAAAUAUUCUUUAUUCUUAUUAUUUUCUCAACAACCUUUCCCCCCUUUCAUAUUUUCUUUUGGCCCGCACAAUUCCUGUCCUAUUAUCCUAUUUUAUUUUGGCCGGCACAAGUUUUUCAUAAAGUAUUACUGCCCGCCUUAUAUUUUGAAUUGGGCAGGCCUGCCUUAAAGCCUAAAAAUAAGCCUAAAUCUCAAGUAAAAAAACAUGUGUGGCUACAGUUACAUUGUGGCAAGAAAACUAUAAAAAUGAAGAAAAACAAACAAAAUAAGUGUAAAAGAAUGAAAACCGAACUUACUAUUUCAUAGAUUACACUUUAACACACUUUAUUUCAGGUUCCACCGAAAAGAAUAUCCAAAAAAUGUCAGAAAAUCAAUAUGAAACCCAUUUCCAAAUAUGGCUGAAAAAUUAAAAUAUUAUAAUUAACCAAGCAAUAAAAUUUUAAUUCAAAGCAUUCCAUCGUCACAUUAAGGAAAAUUUAAGUCUAGUAACAACAAGUUCAUGAAGUCAGCUGUAGUGUGUGUGUUUUGAAUAGGUGACGAAUGGGAUAGUGAGCGAGAGUGAAUGGUUUUCAUAUCACGGGCGAGUGCAAGUUUGAGUCACGAGAGAAUGGAAUGUUGAUUAUAAAAGGGGAAGGAAUCUUUUGAGGGGGGCAGUCUUAGGUUCACGGUUUACAGUGCGAGAGAUACUUGGAGUUGAGAGGUCCAGUUUGGAUUGCUCUCAAAAUGAAUUAACUGAUCUGAGAUCUGAUAUUGUAUUAUUGAGGGGGACAGUCUUAGGUUCACGGUUUACAGUGCGAGAGAUACUUAGAGUUGAGAGGUCCAAUUUGGAUUGCUCUGAGAUGUAUUAACUGCUCUGAGAUUGUAUUAUUGAAAGUGUGUGGAUAUUUUCUACGCAUGAAUACUGUAUUGUAUAGCAGUAUACUGAUGUCUGUGAACCAUUGUGAUUAUCGUCUAUAAUAUUAUAUAUUACUGUGUAGUAGCUGUGGAUCUUUUGUUGAUUCUAAGUGGAGCGAAGGACCAGGUUAAAUAUGUAUCAUAAGACAUCCUAGACAACAAGAAUAUUCUGGCAUACAAGGAAAGUAAGAAAGUAUUUGACAUGAGGUCAGAGCUUUGAUAUGCCAUACUUGAAAAACAACAAGGGGAUUGAAUCCAAAACAGAAACUUAACAAAAACACAAAAUGACGUUACAACCUAAAUGCUAGGUCAGUAUCUCCAACUCAAGCGUAAAUUAACCCUUAGCCUUAGUCCCCCCUAGCUCAAGUGGAAAUUCACCCCUAAAUUUAGUACCCCCUAAACUUAUGCAUAAAUCCUCAAACCUAAAAUCUAUGACAUAACAUUGAACAUGAACCCUAAAACACAUGUUUGUGUGCUACCUUUACAACUGAGAAAAUUGUAAAUUAAAAUAAAAAGAUUAAAAUAAUUUUUUAAAAUGUUCAAAAUAAUUAAAACCCAACUUACAGUUACAUCAAAUACACUUUUACAAACUUUAUAUAAAUCCAAAAGAUCUCUGAAAUGUCAAAAUCCAUUUUACAAUUUUUAUCAGAUGAUGACCAGUCAAAAUGGUCUUGUUUUGAAAUGUAAUAAUUAACCACCCAAUGAAAUAUUAAUUUAUCAAAGCCAUCAAUCAAAACCAUUCCAUCUGCCUUUUAUAUAAAUGAAGAGAAUAGUAAACUCAAAUAACAAUCAGCGAAUAAACAAAGGGGAGGCUACUCAUCAGAACCUUGGGGGCGAAGUGUAGAUUGUCCUGGCCUUUAUUUUAAUUUUUGAAUUUAACAACAGUUAUUAUUACCCCACCCACUGUCCCUCACCUUGGGACUGAUAGUAUUGUAUUUUAGUUAAUUUAAGAAGCUUCUUUAAAAAAUCAAGAGGCCAUAUUUUAUAUUUUAAAAUAUGAACUAGGCCUAGGAAGUAGGCCUUUAUUACCAAACACUUAACAAUAACAAUUACUGUACUUAAAAAAGAGAGUUUUUCUGGUGUUAUUAAAGCUUCCAAAGUUAUAAGUAAUACCCAGAUAACACCAAGAACUGGUCAUCAAAAAACAAUACAUAGAGAAUUUAAUUAUAAUCAAUGGUGAUUUAACCAGAGUGCAAAUGUAAUAAUAUUUUGUAACAUUACUCUAUCCUGAGUAUAUUUUCUUUAUUUCAAUGAAUGUAGUAUUUCCUUCAUAGUUACUCAAACAAUUUAUCAUUUAUCUGUACUCGACACACUUAUUUUAUACAUGUCUCUGAAAUUUAGUUUUCUUGUUAAAUUCAUUUUUUUUUGUUUAUCCUUUCUCUUCAAGUUUAUCAGAUUAAGUUGCAUUAAAAUCAAGCAUCAGAUACAACCUUCAGCAUGGCAAAUCCCACUAGCUCCUGGGGAGAAUUACCUCAGGUGGCUGAUACAGACUCUGGAAUAGCAGCUCUAGAGAGAGAACAAAUUACAAAACCCAGACCUUUGGAUAUUGAAGGACCUCUGCUUCAUCAGCCAUCUAGUCGACAUCACCCACCGACCAAUGAGUAUGUGUCAAUUAUUUAUCUUCAGUUUCAUCUGGUUUAUUUCAACUAAUCAAAGAAAAAAAGAAAGCACAUAUUUGAAGUCUGUGCAAAGUUUCAACUUUGUACCUUAUUUUAAAGUUUGAUAAAAAAUUAAUGUAAAUGGAAUCGCUUCAUUUUUCUUUAUGGAUGAUCUAUUUAUUUAGCAUCCAUGCUGUAAGUGCACAUUCUCAAAAUAAAUUUACUAUUUAUUUCCUCAGGGUGUUGCCAAGUGAUCACUUUCAAAUGGACCCUCUUGUUAUUCACACUAUACGAUUGAUUCAACACAUCAAGAAACUUCGAGCAGCUAUCGCAGCACUACAACAAGACACAGUAAGCUGUGUGUAUUUCUCUGCCCUGUAAAUUUGUCAACAGAGAAUAAGUUAUGCCAAUUUUCGAAUUGAUAAGGAAUUUGGGAUUAGAAUAAAAAUUGAUCUUUUUAACAUUGAAGGAUGUUAAGCAAUCUUGUAAAGUAUAUCAUGUUGUUGUUUAACCUUUUUAUUAUUGAAUAAAAGAAAAAUGAUUUUAAAAAUAUUUGCGUUUGACCUAUCCUAUAAAAAUUAAUAUUAAAUAAAAGUUACCUGUUUGAGACAGCUAGGGCUGGAGGAUUAUUAAUGAAGACCUACAAUUAAAGUCCCUCUUCUCUUUAAGAAACAAGAAACAGACAUGGGUGUGACCACAGUGGGGCCUAUUCCCCAAUAUGACGGCCCACCCAUCCGAGACAGAUCGAGAAAGAAAUACUUCACAGAAGAUGAAUACCAAAGGUGAGCUUACUCGCACACCUGUGGAGUGGCUGUAAAACAAAUGCUACUAAAUUACUUUGACUAGAAUUUUGCUCAAUACAUUUUUAAACCAUUAUGUUCUAAAAUCAGUGACAGUACUUUAUAAAAAUGUACAAAAAAUAAAUGAAAGCACCAACACGGAUUGGGUAUGUCCUCAAUUUAUGCACUUGAGGAUUAUUUAUUCAGUAGUUAAUGUAAUAUUUUUUUUUUUAAUUUUUAGAAUUUGAAACACAAUUUCAAUCUCACUUCCCAAAAUUCCUUUUCAGUGAUUUCGUUCGAGGUGUAGGCAAAGCUCCAGCACCCAUAGAUGAAGUCACAUGUAGAAAGCUGCUCCGGCGAUCAACUGCAGCAAUAUGUGCUCAUCUUUCUUUCGAUAGUAAGUUUUUAUCAUUUACACUCAUGAUGUAGUAAAUAGAUUAUCUUUUUUUUUCUAUGAUCUGUACAGUUUUUGUCUGGCAAUAUCUACCUCCCCUUUUCUAAUUGGAUCAUAUUUUAAAAAAAAAUUUUUUUUAUUUUCCUAGAUUAUUUCUUUACAGUGGAUACUAAAAUUCAGCUCACCUAUGAUUAACUUGCCCAAAUGGAUCUGUCAUUGUCUUAUUAUUUUUUUUAAACAUGUUUUAGUUUUCUUUGAAGAUUUUAACACAGCUUUUUGAAUGUCACUAAUCUUAACCCUUGGUGCAGUGGGGUAAAUCUGUCAUUUUGUGUUAACUACCAGCCUUAAAUCUGGUCAGGUAUUCAUAACCCGUUCAAUCCUUUCUUCUUUUCUUCAUCUGCCCUCUUAGUAAAUCAUAGAGGCAAAGUCAUACAGUUUACCCAGAACUAGUUAUUUUGUAUCAAUCUCAUGAUUACACUAUAUCGAUCCAACUAAUCAACUUCUUUGACUAAAUUAUCAAGAAUCUUAUACAUUUUUUUAAAAAUGACCUCUUGAUAUGCCUGUCAGGUACCCAUGAAUCAGUAUUAGAGACCCUGUUUUGACCUUAUGAUAUGCCUGUCAGGUACCCAUGAAUCAGUAUUAGAGACCCUGUUUUGACCUUAUGAUAUGCCUGUCAGGUACCCAUGAAUCAGUAUUAGGGACCCUGUUUUGACCUUAUGAUAUGCCUGUCAGGUACCCUUGAAUCAGUAUUAGGGACCCUGUUUUGACCUUAUGAUAUGCCUGUCAGGUACCCAUGAAUCAGUAUUAGGGACCCUGUUUUGACCUUAUGAUAUGCCUGUCAGGUACCCAUGAAUCAGCAUUAGAGACCCUGUUUUGACCUUAUGAUAUGCCUGUCAGGUACCCAUGAAUCAGCAUUAGAGACCCUGUUUUGACCUUAUGAUAUGCCUGUCAGGUACCCAUGAAUCAGUAUUAGAGACCCUGACAGAUGUGUGCCAGGAGUUUUUCAUUCAGUUCACUCGCCACCUAGGAGUUGCAGCUGACAGGAGAGGAGAAUAUGGUCCAGCCGGUUUUCCUGUAAGUUCUUGCUUUGCCCAUUCUUGAAACCAACAUUUAUAAGGAAAAUAAUUUCAGUGUGAUACAUAAAGCAGUCUUCAAAUAAUAAUUAUGCAAAUAAAAGUUUUGGACGGCCGAUGCUAAAAUAUUCUAAAAUGUCAUCAUCAGUUUGUUCUUUGUUUUUCAAUUUUAACUCCAAGACAACCAUGAGACGCAAUGGAUAUCUCUCCACACUUCUUUCUCUGGCUUGCAGUUCACACCAGCUCACUGAAAUUUUGUGUGGUCUUGAAAUAGAGUGCACAGUUCAUUUAUUUAAAUUUAAUACCUCAUUAAAUUUUUAUUAAAUUAAUGUGCUCUAGCAUAAUAUCUUUAAAUUUAAUGUUAAAUUCACACGCAAACUGUCAAAGUGGUAGAUGGCUGCAGCUUAGCUUUCUCUUGAACAUAAUCAAAUGUGUGGAACCCCCCCCCCCCCUUUUUUUUGUGUGUUGACAUUCUACAUUUUCAGGACAUCAUUGAGCGUGUCUUCCAUGAAAUGGGUCUUGGCAGUGUGACCUGUAUACACGACUUCUACCAGAUGCGCAUCCUGGCCUACCGCCAAAAGCUGGAGGACCAGUGUCAGACCUUGAUGUCAGAGUACAACAGACUCAGCAAACAGCCGGUCACCGUAAAGCAAGGCCCCCUGUCUCCAGCCAGUUCAGACACGUUGCAUGUGAUACGGUCAGUGCCUUCAAUAAGAUUUUAUGGAAAGACCUUAUCUUACUUUGUGUUGUUGCAAUGAUGAACUACAUAAACAAAUAUUAGCAGACGGAGGCUCCAGGCUCUUAUUGUCACCCAACUUUAACCUCUAGUUUGCUCUGCCGUAACGCUAGCUAUGUGGUACAUUUGGAAAAUAAUGACCAAAGUCAUUACCCCCAGCCUCAUGUAUUACACAUAGGGGCAAGUCCUAUUGGAUGCCCCUCCCUUUUCUAGAACCUAGCCUUCAAAUUCUUAUGAGGACUGGAGUAGAUACAUUUAAAACCUCACCCUACUCCUUUAUCUCUCCCCCAUGCCUUAGAUCAGCUUAAAAGUGGGUUUGUUGGUUUGCUCCCAGAGCUAAUGUCCUGGGGGCUGGGAUGAAACUGAUUUCCCAGCAACAUUCACUUCAUUAACAGUGUGUAGUUUCUUUCAUGUUCGCCCAUCAAAUUUAUUAGCUGUUGUCAUGUUUCCUAACCUAUGCCUAACAUGAAAAGCUAUGAUUAAAUUAACUUAUGUUAAGAUACUGUCCUAGACCAAGUCACAGAAUUCAUAGCAGGGGAUUAGCUGUUAAAUAGCAUUACAAGCUUGAACUGCUUUGUGAUGUCAGACUUGUCUGUUUGACAAAACUCUCUCCCUAUAAUUAAAAAAAAACCAAUUAUUUUUGUAAUGAAAUAAGUUUUCCUCUUGUUCAGAAUUAAGGAAGAGUCCAGUGCUGAAAUACAGUUUCCUCUUCUGGAUGAGAAUGAUGAGGUCAAUGAAGCUGAACAGCUCCUCAACAUAGAGAGUAAGUGUAGAAUUCAUAAAUCAUAGAGAGAAAGUGUAUAAUUCAUAAUUAUACUUUGGCUCAUAAGUUUGAUGUCCUAAAUGAAUAAUUCCUCUUUAGUAUAAUUAGGAAAUGCUGGUCAUAAUAUUUUCAAUCUGGGUGGAAUGGACUCAGCACGGCAAGACAGCAGCUGCUAUUCUUAAGAGAGGAGGUGGGGGAGAGGAGGAAAAAAGAAAAGGGGUGUGGGGGGGAGGGGGGGGGGGCUAACUUGAAUAUAAAAAAAAAAUUUAAACACCGUUCAACAAGAUCAAGGCUAUCACAAAUGGCACAUUCAAAUAAAGAUAGUUUUCAUUUGAAAAAUGUUGACAUACGGUAAAGGGAAAUAACUCUGGCAGCUAGUACAGAAUUAGUUUAGCCCCACAACCAGGUCUAUGUUUUAUAAGAGUAUCUGAUUAAAGAUUUGAAAGGUCAAGAACCUCUUUGGAGUUUUCAUGAUUUUGUUGUUGGUUGGCUAUUACAUUGUCAAUCUUGAACCCUUCUGCCAGUGGGAACUUUUUUGUUGUUGUAAAUUGGCUAUAAGCCUUUGGUCAUAAUCAGAUGUUACUGCAACUAACUCAGACAGUUGAUAGAAAGUCUAGUUAAUGAAGAGUAGGUCAUGGCAUGAUGAAAUAUGGCAAAAUUAACUGGUGAUUCCUCCUAAAACAAUACUUGUUUAAAAAGGUCUUUUCUCCAUACCUCAGGCCUGGGUACAUUUGAAAUCACAGUGGAACAUGAAACAACGACAGGACUCACUACGGAGGUGGAAACCAAGUGGUCAGGGAAAGGGACGGCCGGAGAGGCAAGGUGAGGGCAGUGCUCUAUAAUUAUCAUACUUAUCUAGCAAUUUUUACGAACCAGGAUUCAGCUGCCACUAGAAAUAUUUUUUACAUUAAAUUUGGGAGUCAUGAGUUUUAAUCUUUAAGUUUAAAAAAAAAUUCAUAGGAUGCACACUACAUAAUGCAUUCUAAGGCUGCUCUCAAUUCUGCCAAUUUAGACAAUAAAAAUGGUGUAUGCUUUUGAGUUAUUACACAGAGGUCACUAAUAAUAUAUUUAUUUAAAGCAAUUAAUUGUCUGACUCAAUAGGUCAAUGAAGCCAAAUAAGCUAACAGGUCAUCUGUUACCAACCCUAAUACAACAAAUGCACCAUCAAUCAAAGCAUAAAUUAAAAAGGCUUUUAUCUGUUUCAUACAAAGAUUAAAGCCAAAGAAAUGAAUGUAGAUUUUAUUAAUCCUUUGUUUUGAUAAAGAUUUCGAAAGAUAUCUUUAACAUCAAGUCUAUUUCUUUGACUUCUCAGGACCAAAGUGCUCACAUCAACCGAAGAAGUGGUGGAUACCGCCGUAACUACAACAGAUGGGGUGCCUAACCCUUCCUCCAAUAUUCCCAGAACACCACAGUCUAAUGUACCCCAGACACCCCAAGAUGGUGUUGGCCCGGUGCUGCGUGAUUAUUCCACCCACGAUGAUGCCACGAUACAAGAGCCCGGAUCAAUAUCCAGCAUGGACAUCUUUUCACCAUCUGUAGCCACACCGAGCAAGGCUAAGAAAAAGUAAUUUUUCUUUCAAUUUACACACCUGACAUACUGGACGGCCAAUGCUAAAAUGGAGCGACCUCAUUCUGUACCCACUGAAAGCUUUCAUGCUCUAAAUUUUAGUAAGAAAAUUCUGCUGGACAAAAAAAAGAAUAAAUUGGUGCCAUUUUUUUGCCGAGUCUGAAUAAUAGUUUUUAUUUCGAUGUAGUUCUUGGUAGGGCAGUGAUUAAAGGAAAGAGUGUUAAAAUUUCAUUCAAUGGACCACUUAUUUUUGUUGUUUUUUUCAAGUUUUUGUUUAGGUUUUGAAAAUAUUAAUUUUCUCUUUUUAUUAUAUGACGAAGCCAUUUAGUGAAGAAAAAAAUGUUUUUCCAGGAAAAAGAAUUAGAUAAGAGCAUCUGCUAAUGAGACUGCAAUAUGGAGUGAUAGCAUGACAUUUCCCAGAUGUUUGCUUACAUCAUGUGAUAUGUAAGUGUCAACAGUUUGAUUGGGACAGUGUGUUCAUGCAAACAAAAGGUUUACAGGACAUACAUUACGGUGCUACUGAACUGUUUUUCUUUUUACCAAUGAAUUAUGUACAUUACAUGUUCUAAUGAUAGUUGUUGAUUAUAUGAUUGAUCUAAUUAUUAAUUUAGAUUAUAUGAUCUAAUGAUUAAUUCAAAUUAUAUGAUCAAAUUAAUGUAGUUUUUUUAUAAUGUUAUUUUUUUUACUGUGUAAAUUGUUGAAAUUUUGUUUUAAAAAUAGAGCAUUUAAUCAACAUGCAAUGUCUCAUUGUUACAUUUUUACCAUGGCUACCAGAACAGUUCUAUAAACCGUAGUAAAUCAACACAAACAUGAGAAGAU